GAUAGGCCAAUAGCUUUAAGAAGUCUCCACGAAACUUCCCUCCAUACCCCUCUACACCACACUUCUCCGCCCUUUCUAUCUCGCUUUCGAAGACGAAGUCAUAUCUACCUGCUUUUCACGGGAGUGGAAGACCUGCUGCACUUCUGCUCUGGAAAUCUUAGUUGCCUAUUUCAUGCUCCAGUGCAAGGUGUUUAUGUGAAGAAUUUCUUUCAUAUAAAGGUAUAUGGACAUUUUAGUGGAUGAACUGAAGAUAUGAAUCACCGGCAAGAGAAGUUUGUAAGGUUUAAGGAUUGGAAUUCAGACAGAAGUUCUGAGGGACAAUAUCCCUCUAGAAGUGGACGUCGCUAUGGAAGAUUCCGAAUAGCAUUGAACUCAGUUUCAGAUAGCUUCCACAGAACUUUGGAAAGUGGUUAUGAGAGAAUCAAAAGCCUGAAAGAUUCUCUUAAAUCUUAUUCACUAAACCAUGCUCAUACCAAAGACAUGGAAUCUACAAAGAAGAUUCUUGAUCCACAAGGGUCAUUCCUUCAGAGAUGGAAUAAAAUAUUUGUACUAUCUUGUGUAGUUGCCAUCUCUUUGGAUCCUUUGUUUUUCUACAUUCCAGUGGUUGACAAUGACAAAAAAUGCCUUGGAUUGGACAGAAAAUUGGAGAUCACUGCUAGUGUUUUGCGUUCCUUUACUGAUAUCUUUUACAUCCUUCAUAUUGUCUUACAAUUCCGGACGGGGUUCAUUGCCCCUUCUUCACGCGUAUUUGGAAGAGGUGUUUUAGUAGAAGAUACUUGGGAAAUUGCAAAAAGAUAUUUGUCCUCUUAUUUCCUAAUUGACAUUCUUGCAGUUCUUCCCUUGCCCCAGGUUGUGAUUUUGAUUAUAAUUCCUAAAAUGCGAGGCGCACAAUCUUUAAAUACAAAGAAUUGGCUGAAAUUUGUUGUGUUCUUCCAAUAUAUUCCAAGGAUGCUUCGAGUUUAUCCACUAUAUAAAGAAGUCACCAGAACAUCUGGCAUACUUACUGAAACAGCAUGGGCUGGGGCUGCCUUCAAUCUUUUUCUUUACAUGCUUGCUAGUCAUGUACUUGGAGCCUUUUGGUAUCUGUUUUCUAUAGAACGAGAAACUACAUGUUGGCAGAGAGCUUGUGGGAAUUCAUCUCCCUGCCAUCAUGCCUCGUUGUAUUGUGGUGAUGAUCACACGACUUUUAAAACACUUCUAAAUGAGUCUUGCCCUAUAGACACGCCAAACACGACAAGAUUUGAUUUUGGCAUAUUCCUUGAUGCUCUUCAGUCUGGUGUUGUAGAAUCAAGAGACUUCCCUCAGAAGUUCUUUUAUUGCUUCUGGUGGGGCCUGCAAAACCUGAGUUCACUUGGUCAGAACCUCAAGACGAGCACCUUUGUCUGGGAAAUUUGCUUUGCUGUUUUCAUAUCCAUCUCUGGGUUGGUGCUAUUUUCAUUUCUCAUUGGAAAUAUGCAGACAUAUCUGCAGUCCACGACAAUAAGAUUGGAGGAGAUGAGAGUGAAAAGACGAGAUGCAGAGCAGUGGAUGGCCCAUCGUUUGCUCCCGGAGGACCUUAGAGAGCGGAUAAGGCGGUAUGAACAAUAUAGAUGGCAGGAAACUAGGGGUGUGGAUGAAGAAAAUUUGAUUCAUAACCUUCCUAAAGACCUCAGAAGAGACAUAAAGCGGCAUCUUUGUUUGGCUUUGCUGAUGAGAGUGCCAAUGUUCGAAAAAAUGGAUGAACAACUUUUGGAUGCGAUGUGUGACCGCCUGAAGCCAGUACUUUACACGGAGCACAGCUACAUUGUUCGGGAAGGUGACCCUGUCGACGAGAUGCUGUUCAUAAUGCGGGGGAAGCUAUUCUCUGUAACCACGAACGGAGGAAGGACCGGUUUCUUCAACUCGGAUUAUCUAAAAGCCGGGGACUUUUGUGGAGAAGAGCUCCUCACAUGGGCUCUGGACCCCAAUUCAUCAUCUAACCUCCCAAUUUCAACCAGAACAGUGGAAGCUCUUGCAGAAGUGGAAGCAUUCGCUUUAAUGGCGGACGACCUGAAGUUCGUGGCGUCUCAGUUCAGGCGGCUCCACAGCAAGCAGCUGCGGCACACGUUCAGGUUUUACUCGCAGCAGUGGCGGACAUGGGCGGCCUGCUUCUUACAGGCGGCGUGGCGGCGCUACAGCAGGAAGAAGCUGGAAGAGUCGCUAAGGGAGGAAGAGAAUCGGCUGCAAGAUGCAUUGGCAAAGGGUAGCAGCAGCAGCAAUUCGCCGAGCUUGGGGGCUACUAUCUAUGCGUCGCGGUUCGCUGCCAAUGCUCUUCGCUUAUUGCGCCGCAAUGGCACCAAGAAAGCAGCGAGGAUGCCUGAGAGAAUAUCGCCAAUGCUACUUCAGAAGCCGGCAGAGCCUGAUUUCACAGCUGAGGAUAAAUAAAUAUUGUAUCUAUAAUUUUAUUUGUUGUAUACGCCAUACGGUAAUCUUGUCAGACCAGUAUCCUCUUGUAAAUCUUUGCAAUUUGUAAAUUGUCUGUCUUUUUUUUU